CCGUUUUCCCGAACUGCACAAUGCAGUCGCGCCAUCGCUACAAAUUCUGGCUAACAGUCCCUCAGCUCUGCUCAGACCAAGAAAUAUAGCUUAGAGAUGGCGGUUUCGUUUUCGCCUCUGCAUUUCAAGCCCUCUUUCUCCUUCUCCUCCUCUUCCCUUCCCAAAUUUUCCUGCUCCAUUCGCCCUGCCGUCAUCCUUCCUGGUUUGGGGAACAACUCCGGGGACUACGACAAAUUAAGGCUUAUUUUGCAAAAGCGGUACGGAGUUCCCUCCGUGGUUGUUAAGGUGUCGAGAAUCGACUGGCUGAGGAAUGCUGCUGGAUUGCUUGAUCCUAAUUACUGGCGCGGCACUCUCCGGCCUCGGCCUGUCCUCGAUUGGUAUUUGAACAAAACAGAUGAGGCAAUCCAAGAAGCCAAGGAGCUUGCUCAAGGCGAGGCUUUGUCCUUAAUUGGGCACUCAGCAGGCGGGUGGCUUGCACGAGUCUACAUGGAAGAAUUUGGUAUAUCUCAUAUUUCCAUGUUGCUGACUCUUGGAACCCCUCACCUGCCACCUCCUAAACAUUUGCCAGGAGUGAUUGAUCAGACGAGGGGGCUUCUGAAUUAUGUGGACAAAUACUGCUCAAAACCUGGUUACAAUCCUGAAUUGAAAUAUGUAUGUAUAGCAGGAAGGUACAUCCAAGGGGCUCGCUUGUUCAGUUACUCUGAUGCAAACACCAUUCCUGCAGCUGCUUCCAUCGCCAACAACCAACCAGCUCCAGAGUUAACCAUAGAAAACAGCACAAGUAGCUCGACAAACACACCCACAUUCCGCGCUCGCUUCGUCGGACAAGGAUAUAAGCAGGUGUGUGGGGAGAGUGAGGUAUGGGGAGAUGGGGUGGUUCCAGAAGUGUCUGCCCAUUUGGAGGGAGCUAUCAACGUUAGCUUUGAUGGAGUCUAUCACUCCCCUGUUGGCUCUGAUGAUGAACUCAGACCCUGGGUCAAGGUGGGAGAAGCUUCUUUCGGCUAGAUUAUCAGUGCAUACUCGCACACCUUUCAGAACCCAUAGCAAACAUAUCCACUCAUUUGAUCAAGAGGCAUCAAAGCCUGGUUUAGCCUUUUAUGAACUUCAAUGAAAGUAUUUACACUCAAAAUUGGACAUCAGGGGGGCUUUCCUAAACAAUAUUGGACAGGGAUUUAGGUAGGAGCUCCAACCUCUGAGUAGCAGCUAACUUUUUUGAAGAAGGGCAUAAAUCCAAAUCCAUGUGACAAUAAAUGCAUUUAUGGCCAAAAUAGCUUGUUGAUUAUUCAAGGUACAUAGAACUUGGGAACAGAGGGUAAAGAUGGUCCAUGUUCAGCUAAUAAAUUACGAAUUCGAUCGCUCAGACUUGAGAAUUAUUUGGUUCGUGAACUAAUAGUGGGAGUUUCCCUAUAAAUUAACCUAUUUUUCGAAUUCAGAACUUUCAUUUCAUAGGCCUUAGAUUCAUCAACCUACAACAAGGAAGAAACUAUAUGAAACCAACACUACAACCAAAAUUUCAAGCUCUAAGAUGAGUUAAAAUCAACUUUCAAGGCAAUCUCAACAAAAUGAAGGAGAAAUUAACGAGGCAAACGAACAGGCUGCAGGAAACAAGGAACUAGAGCAACAAUAC